CUAGGGAUGCCCAGGAUCCGCCUUCCGGGGCUCCUCCUCCUCCUUCGCGGUCUCCUCGGGGCUGUGCCGGGAGGGCGGGCAGGAAGCUGGCCAGAGAUGCUCUGAUGGUCCCGGGCGGACUGUGGCGGCGGCGGCGGCAGCCGUGACGGCGGCGGGAGGAUGUCCUCUCCUCGGGAGCGGGCUGCGGAGCUGGCGCGCUUCUACACAGUCACCGAGCCUCAGCGGCAUCCGAGGGGGUACACUGUGUAUAAGGUUACCGCCCGGAUUGUUUCAAGAAGAAAUCCAGAAGAUGUCCAGGAGAUAGUCGUUUGGAAGAGAUACAGUGAUUUUAAGAAACUGCACAAAGACCUCUGGCAAAUUCACAAAAACUUAUUCAGACAUACAGAACUAUUUCCGCCUUUUGCUAAAGCAAUAGUCUUUGGGCGAUUUGAUGAAACAGUGAUUGAAGAAAGAAGACAGUGUGCUGAAGAUCUCUUACAGUUCUCUGCCAAUAUCCCAGCUCUUUAUUCUAGUAAACAUCUUGAAGACUUUUUCAAGGGUGGAGAAGUUCAUGAUGGUUCUGAAUUGAUUGGCCCUGCUGAACCUUACACAGAUUCCCUCGUUGACAGUUUUUCUGACUGUAGUACUGAAGUUCGAAAAGAUUUGAGUGGUCUUGAUGAUGUGACACUUACCAGUCAAUCAGAAGGUGGAGGUUUCUCCAGUGACAGUGAUCUGAUCUCUCUGACUGUUGAUGUGGACUCCCUUGCUGAAUUAGAUGAUGGAAUGGCAUCCAAUCAAAAUUCUCCCAGUAGAACUUUUGGUCUCAAUCUUUCUCCAGAACCUUCAGUACCAGGAGCUGUUGCUUCAGAUAAAGAAAGAAGCAAAACUGAGGAAGAGCGGGAAAGUCGUGGUCUCUUUGCUGGAAGCCUAAAAUCCAGGCUUGGCAAAAAAGAUUAUUUGGAGAAGGCAGGUGAAUUAAUAAAGCAGGCUUUAAAGAAGGAGGAAGAGGAAGACUAUGAAGCUGCUUCUAGUUUUUAUAAAAGAGGAGUUGAUCUGCUCUUGGAAGGUGUUCAAGGUGAGUCAAGUCCUACUAGACGAGAAGCAGUGAAGAAACGGACAGCAGAAUAUCUAAUGCGUGCUGAGCACCUCUCUGGUUUUUAUUUAAAACCACACCUUGGUGAUGGAGCAUCAUCCCAGCCUCCAGGAUCACUAAGUUCAAGGCCCUCUUGGAACCUAAGGAGCCCUGCCGAGGAACUGAAGGCCUUCAGAGUCCUUGGGGUGAUUGACAAGGUUUUACUUGUAAUGGACACAAGGACACAACAGACAUUCAUUUUAAAAGGUCUAAGGAAAAGCAGUGACUACAGCAGGAGCAGAAAGACCAUCAUCCCCCGCUGUGUGCCCAACAUGGUGUGUCUGCACAAGUACAUCAUCUCUGAGGAGUCUGUAUUUCUGGUUCUGCAGCAUGCAGAAGGUGGAAAAUUGUGGUCCUACAUUAGUAGAUUCUUAAAUAGGAGCUCAGAAGAAAGCCUUGAUAUCCAGGAAGUCAAAAAGAAUACUCUUGCUGAAGUUCACCUACAGCAGCCAACUCCUAGUCCUAAGGAUAGCAGUAGCUUAGAGUCCAGAGAAAGUGAUGGCGGCAGCAUGCUCAAAGUCCUGCAUUUGAAGACUAGUCUUACACCAAGUUCCCAAGAGGACAGUAGCAACCAGGAGGAAGAUGGCCAAGACAGCUCUCCAAAAUGGCCAGAUUCUGGCUCAAGUUCAGAAGAAGAAUGCACUACUAGUUACUUAACAUUAUGCAAUGAAUAUGGGCAAGAAAAAAUUGAACCCGGGUCCUUGAAUGAGGAGCCUUUGAUGAAGAUGAAGGGAAACGGUGUUAGAACCAAAGAUACAGGAAGCUUCCCAGCUCAGAUUGCUCCUGGCAGCGACAACCUCAGCUCUCAGCUGACUUCUCAGGAACUAAAAUUUUUCACCGAAGAUGCCAAUCGUGAAGUAGCUAGUUCACCAAGAAUAUCAGAUUCUCUUAGUAGAUCAAAGAAUAGCCCUAUGGCAUUCUUUAGGAUAGACAGUAAGGAUAGCACUAAUGAACUCCUUGGACUUGAUUUUGGUGAAAAGUUACAUAGCUUGAAGUCAGAACCCUUGAAGCCUUUUUUUGCCCUUCAAGAUCAGGACAGCAGUUCUGGGAGUCUUGAUGCUAGUGAAACUAGAUUGGGGUUAAGAGCUCAGGACACCAUCAGCAGGGGUUCAAAUGACUCUGUCCCUGUUAUUUCUUUUAAAGAGGCUGCUUUUGAUGAUGUAAGUAGUACUGACGAAGGAAGGCCUGAUCUUCUUGUCAAUCUUCCCGGUGUGUUGGAGCCAACAAAAGAAACUGCGCCCGAGGGGCCUGCUCAGUUGACACAGACUAAUAUAGGCAUCUUAGAAAGUAAACUUUUAGAAGCUCCUGAUGUUUUAUGCCUCAAUCUUAGCACAGAACCAUGCCAAGGGCUGGAAGAAAAGGACACAGAGGCAUCGAAGGAUCCCUGUAAUCACCAAUUCCAUAGGAUAGAAGAAAAACACUAUGCUCGGGAGGGGACUAGGGCAUUACUUGUAGCUCCUGUUGAUCAAACCAAUUCAGGAAAUCAGUCUUUGUUACUCGGUUCAGGUGCUGAGUUUCAAGGAUUUGGAAUGGUUGCUCCCACACUAACUACAAAUAGCACAGAAGAAAACCUAUUCCUUAUUUCUAAUCCAGUCUCAGGUGCUAAUGAAUACACUAUAAACCCAGACACUUUAAAAAAAGAAGAAGUAUUGCUGUUUGCAGAUCGAGCCGAAGACCUUGGUAAAGAAGAGCCAACCCCUUCUUUAUUCCAGCUAGACCCAAAAGACAUUAAGGCUAAGGGUGACAGUGGAUUAGCACUAGAAGGAGAGAAGGAAAUACAUCAGAUUUUUGAGGACCUCGAUAAAAAAUUAGCACUAACCUCCAGGUUUUAUAUCCCAGAAGGCUGCAUUCAAAGAUGGGCAGCUGAAAUGGUGGUAGCCCUUGAUGCUUUACAUAGAGAGGGAAUUGUGUGCCGCGAUUUGAACCCAAACAACAUCUUAUUGAAUGAUAGAGGACACAUUCAGCUAACGUAUUUUAGCAGGUGGAGUGAGGUUGAAGAUUCCUGUGACAGCGAUGCCAUAGAGAGAAUGUACUGUGCCCCAGAGGUUGGAGCAAUUACGGAGGAAACCGAAGCCUGUGAUUGGUGGAGCCUGGGUGCUGUCCUCUUUGAACUUCUCACUGGCAAGACUCUGGCUGAGUGCCAUCCUGCUGGGAUAAAUACGCAUACUGCUUUGAACCUGCCAGAGUGUGUCUCCGAAGAGGCCCGGUCACUCAUUCAACAGCUCUUGCAGUUCAACCCUGUGGAGCGUCUCGGUGCUGGAGUUGCUGGUGUUGAAGACAUCAAGUCUCAUCCAUUUUUCACCCCUGUGGAUUGGGCAGAACUAAUGAGAUGAAAGCAACCCAGGGGUCAUCUGACAACCUCUGGUCCGCUCAGUGACAAGUGUCUCUGGCAAGGCUGACUUGCAGUAAUUUAUAGGGCACCAAAUCACUUGGACAAAGACAUUUAAAGGAAAUGGGGAAAGAGAAAGGCCAAAAGAAAACAAUUUAAUCUGAAUUACUGAUUAAAUAGGGCAUUAGUUGGUUUAUAUAACAAGGGACUAUUGUUUGUAAACUUUUAACCAAGGUGUGGUCUCUAUUAAAUUUGUUUGUGUGUACUUGUGUGUGUGCGCACGCUUGUGAGUGUGCAUGUUGCAGAGAAAUUAUACACUCAACAGAAAAAGGAAUGCACUUAAAAAUGUACUUCUGAUACAUUAUUGGAAGCACAGAACUCAGUGCCAUGUGUAAGGAAAGCUUUGAAGUGUCAGUUAACACCAUUUUCUUUUCAGCUACAACUGGUUGAAAUGAUUAAAUGAUUUAAUGUUAUGUGCUGAAUAAGAUACUAGAAGUGCUUUAUGCAUAAUGUCAUAUACAAAGUUUAAAAAGCUAGAAAAAAAAAUGUAUAUUCUCGUGAACCCAUCAAGCUCUGCUCAGAUGCAUCUUGAAUGUGGUUAUAUAUUGUUUCACACCUUGGGAAGCCCACAUAAGGGAAAAAACAAACAACAGUCCAUGAUGCUCUCAACUUUGUUUUGUCAGUUAACAUUGGCCAUUUGCAACUUAUAUUCAUAUGCUCUACCUUUCUUCAACCAUCUCCACCUGCAUUUGGAGCCAUUAUUAGUAAUUUGUAUUAAAAGACAUCAUCACACAAAAAGUAAUAGAGUAAUUUAUUUCCCCAAAUUGUAUCACCUUAAUAAGGACCAAGAAAUCAUGGUAAAUGUAUUGGUAAAAAUAUUGAUUUUUUUUUUUUCUGGUAACAGUUUCUGUUAAGGCUUCCACCCAUUUCUACUUGAGAGAAUGUUAAUCCUCACUUAAAAAACAAAACAAAAAAUCCUCAUCAAUUUCUGCCAAAAGCUUUUUUUUUUUCCCUGAAAUUGAUUACUGUGUUGUUCUAAAUAUAGGCUUCCAUCCUCCCCUUUCCUCACCCUCCCCAAAUGGCAUGUAUAAAAUUUGAGUGCAGCCUUCAGUUACAGUCUUUUUAAACACUAACUUUUACAUAUAUACUAAAGAAUAAUAAAAGUGACAGAGAUAGAGUUGUGAUGACAGAAAUGAAUACCAUACCAUUAUUUAAAUAGAAAGAAGUAUAAAAUGGGACUUUCAUGGUAAAAAUUAUAUAGUUAUUGUGUGUAAAUAUUUUUCAUUGUAUACUGAUUUUCUUUUUCCUUUUUAAAGAGUACACACGUUAGGGGCAGUCUAUAUCUAGACCAAACUGGUAUAUUUUUCUGCAUAUUUUCCUUAUACUUUACUUUAGAAGUAUCAAAUGGCUAUUGGCAUUGUGGCCUGCAACAUUCCCCAGAGCUGCUGGACCAGGUUAAAAUGUAAUUGGGAAAUAUUUAACAAAAUAAAUAAAAAUACAAAAGAACAGAGAUAAUGUUAAUAUGUGGUUUUCUAAGUCAAUAUGCGGCAUACAGGAAUCCUGUUUAGUGGGCCAGUUUUAGUUUAGGUUUAAUAUCCCCAGUUUCCCUUAGAGUUUGACACCAUUGCCCUGCUGAAUCUUAGUUUAUAGUUUGGUAUAAUUAGAAUCUGAAAAAUCCAAUCAAAGUUGAAUUGAAAAAUGUUGCUAAUUUGUUACCAGCAAAUUCCCUGCUGAUCUGUUUGAAAAGUAUGAGUACGAACAUUCCCAAAUGUUUGUAAUAUUUAAUAUUUGUGUGUAGAUAUAAUUGUUCUUCAGCAUACCAAUCUGUUUUACUGUUGAGAGGAUAAAUGUAGUGUAGUGGAGUUAUUUUCUAAACCUUCUGUUUGCAGACUUUUUAAAGUUCAAAGAGUUUUGUCCAAAGAACAAAGGACAGGCAGAACCUUCAGCCACCAGAAAUUUUUAUAGUAUUCUGCAUGCAGGCUUUAAAUUGCUUGUAUUUUGAGAUCUGAUGACAGCCUACCCCCACCUCAAAUGCAUCUGCACAGCUUCCAUCUGCCAGUGACCAGGUCCACUCGCUAAAUUGAAAUGGAAAAGGAAAAUGCUUUAGUGAAACAAAGGAAAUCUGGAAGCACUUUUUUCUUUUUCAGCUAUUCCACUACCUUUUUUUUCUCUUUCCAUCCCCCUCCUUCUUGUGACCUGAAUGCCAUCUGAGGGGUUGUAACAACACUGGAGGUUGGGGAGCAGGUCACCAAGAUCAUCCCCUUUAGCAUAUUGGUCAAGAUGACAUCACUCUCUGCAAUUGGAUUUCGAUUCACCACUCCCUUGUCUCAAAACAGGAACUCCCACAGGUGAGCAAUAGGAAUGAUUUCCUGUGUCAGAUUGGUAGGAAAUCUGCCUGCUCAGACCUGGGACUUGCAGAACUUCCUUCCAGAAGUGCCCUGAUUGUGACUCUCUGUACCAAGGUGAAACACCUUACUGUACCAUUUGAUUUGUGUCCCCUAGGCUCAGGUUACAGUUACAGUCAACUGACGAGUAAUUCUGAUCUGUUAGGAUUAUUCCACUGUAACAGUUUUCAACAUUAUCUUGCUUAAAUGUAUAUGUAUAAAAAUUUAUGUGUGUGUGUGCGUGCAUGUGCAUACCUGAACAGAUAUGAAUCAAAUGAGAAAAAAUGGUACACUAAUCAAACCAAUUUGAUUGAACCAAUUGGGUUAAAUGUAGACAUAUGUCUUUAUAUGCCUUUGACAAAUCUGAUUACCCUAAUACAUUUUGGGGGGGUAGGAGGAGUGGGUCCAUGAUAUUUUUGAAUUAUCCAUUUACAAAUAUUUAUUCUAAAUGCUAAUGCUGUAGUGUAUUCUCUUGGAAGGAAAGGGGGAAACAAUGCCACAUAUCUUUGCACAAAAUGAACAAAUCUUUGAUUGUUACUGUAUUUUUUAAAACAUUACUUAAAUAUAGUGGGUUUUUUUGUUCUUUACAAAAGGACUACUUCUGAAAUUACUGAAAUUAUUGAUAGUAAUAAUCAUUUAUUGUGAUGAAGGUAAUUUGGCAUGCUUUUGUGCUGUUCAUUUGAGGAUCUAAAAGCAACAAGGAGAAAACAAACAUCUCAGUUACUUAUUUCAAAUAUGAACUAAGGGUUGAGUGUUAUAUAAAUCUGCUUGGUAGAAUAACUGAAACAUUGAAAGCCCACAUUGCUAUUUGGUUCUUCUUAUUCUUUCUACCUACGACUCCACUGUUUCAUUCUCCCUGGGCUUUCUUAUUUUUCCCUCUGUUCGUGAGAAUGUGCACUAUGAAAUUAUUUGUCCUUUAGUUUAAGUCCUACUUGUUGGACUUACUGUGAACCAAUUUCUCACUCUAUGGUUAAGGAAAUUUUAGGGAAAAUAGUACAAACUUCUAGCAAGCACAAUCUGAAGAGAUUUUUGCUCAGGAGCCAUGAUAGACUCAGUGUAAAAUAUAAAAAAGUCAAACACUGACAACUCAUGUACAUGGGAAGGCUUUUCCACUUAGCAUCAAGUAUCUCCUCCCAUAGUGUCUCACAAAUAUUAUUGCAUAACUUGUGUAGCAUGUCCUGUUGAAUCUCUCCAAAGCCUUUGGAUGGGGCUUAUUCUGAGAGGGUCUCAUCUAAUCCUUGGUAUAUUCAUUUUCUUCGUGUCAGCUGGAGGAUUUCAGAUUCUUACUUUACUUUUCAAAAUACACUUCAUGGAAUCAGAGACCAACUCACACCUGAAUACAAAGUCCUUUUCUAACCUGCCAGGCAAAUAUCUUCCACUUUUUGUGUGAUGACUCCUUGGUGAGGGGGAACCUUUAACUUUUCCCAAGGAGUACUUUCCAUUGGAAAAUAGCCUGAGGAGGUUUUUCUUAAUAUUAAGUCUAAGUCAAUCUUCAACUUCCAGUCAUUGUCCUCUGUAGAGACAAAUUGAAUUCUUGCUUCAAAUAAUAACUUAGAGUAUACCGUAAUUUAAAGUUUGCAAAAUGCUUUACAUGCUUUAUCUGAUCUGAUCCUCAUAACUUUUGUGAGAUGGAUGUUAUCAUUGCACCCAUUUUAUAUAUGAGGAUAUGAAGGCUCAGAGAAGUUAAAUGUUUUUGCCCAGCAUCACACAGCUAAUAGGUGUCAGAGGUCGAAUUUGAAACUAAAUUAUCCUCAUUUGGUGUUCCGGUAUUGUGUCUCCUCCUUAGUAGCUCCUCUUUCCCCCACCUCCAGCUAAACAUUCUCAGGUCCUUAAACUUAGCUUUGUAUGGCAUGAGCUCCUGCUCCUUUAUUUUUGGUUGUCUCCUCCUCCUUGUAGUCUUGCUUAUCAUUGUCCUUUCUCAUUUGUGAUCCCCAGAGCUAUAUAUAGCACUCCUGAUAAAGCCUUAAUCCAGAUCUGACACAGGACUGUCACUUUCCUAGUCCAAGACACCUUGCUUGUCUUAAUGCAGCUUGGAUUAUUUCAGUUUUGAGGGGAAUGGAGGGCAAAAAAGCAUACUUUUUUGACUGAGGAUAAGCUUGUAAUUAGCCAGAAUUUCUUUUUCUAGAUGAAUGGCUAUUCAUCUACGCCUCUCUCAUGUUGUGCUUGUAAAAGUACAAGUGAACAUCUGAACCCAUAUGCAAGAUUUUACAUUUGUCCCUAGUGUCAUCUUUCUUAUUAGAUUAGGCUUGACCUUUUAGUCUGUUGAGCUUUGGAGGAGCACUCGAUGGUUAUUCAACCCAUUACACUUUUCUCCAGUUCUAUGGUGCCUCUUCUGUUUAGUUAUUGCAAGUUGAAGCAAUCACUUUAGACAGUUCUUUCAGUAGCCUGACAUCUAAUAGAAUUUGUGGCUAAUGACUUGAAUUUCUCAAGAUUAUCCAGGUUCUCUAUUACUGUAUUUCCUUUUAGCUCAGUUUUCAGCUGUCUGCUAGCCAUAUUUGUUCUAUCCUUUCCAGUUCAGUGAGCAUUCUCCUUGGCAGAAAAAAUAAAGCAAUAUAAGAUUUGAGUGGUUCUGCUUUCUGUCUAUUUUCUGCUAUCUUCGUCUUAUCUACUCUGAGCAGCAGUCCUAUUCCUUCUUGAUUUUCCUCUUUUUUACAAUAUGGAUUUUAAAAAUGUCUUUAUGGCCUUAGCUUUCUUCACUAGGCUUAAUUCUUUCAGAAUUGUAGCACUCUUGACACUGUUCUUGUAUGACAUGACUAUGUAUUCAUCCUGUGUUACCUGUCUUUAUUUUUAUAUUUUUAAAGAUGAGUUGGCUAAUGAGUUUCCUGUGUAUGCAUAUUAAUUUCUUUAUAUAUGAUACCCCCUUUUCUUAUUCAAUGGAUUUUAAAAAAAAUAUUUUCUGAAUUUAACUUUUGAGAACUUCCCAUCCUGCCUGAGUUGAAUUUGCUAGCAGAAUUUUAAGCUAUAGGAUCCUGCCUCUCUGUCUCAGAAUCUAUUAAUAUCUGUGCUCCCCAAAUCUAGGAUAUAUUUUAAUCUUCUCUUACAAAUUCAAAGAAGGAAGGUUGAAUUCCUCUCAAGUUUACUAUCAUUUUCCAGUUCUGAGGGGAAAGGCCACAUGUUGUCAGUUUGUUAUUAAGUUAUAGCAUUUCCUACUUGUCCCAGUUCAUAGGAUCAUAAGAUUUUAUAGUUAGUAGUUUUCAAGGCUAUUUAAUCUAAUUUAUACAAAGGAAUUCAACUGGCAUGUAUCCCAUUGAUCAAUUUGCUUUUGCUUGAAGAUGGGCAGUAAUAGAGGCAGUUUUUUCUGAUAUUAAUAAUUUGCAACUUCUGCCCAUCACUUCUGUAUUAGACUUGUUGAUUGAUGCUGAGUUCACUAAAGAACUUGGUUUUUAGAAAUCGCUUCUCUCUCUUUCCUUCCACCUUUAUAUUGUUGUCUGACAUCUCCACUUGUGUCUGUAAUCUGCAUAAUUUUUUGUUUAUUCUGCCAUAAGAAUAGACCAUAGAAAGGAGUAAGGCAGGAUUUAGAUCUAUUCAUCCCCAGAUUAGAAUAUGGGAGCUGAAGGUUAGGAGAGAUGAAAAUAGGUUUAGAGAACCUACCUACAUUUGUUAAUUUUCUACUUCAAAGUCCUUUAACUUUUCCAGAAUAGUAGCAAAGAUGAAAUAGUGGUAUUCUCCCCCCUUACCUUGCCUUAAAUUCUGUCUUUAUAUUGAAAUAAUCAGAUUGAUUCUGUAUCCUUUUCAAUUGAUUCUUUUUACAAUUAAUUGAUUUUGUCCUGUAACUACCUAAGUCAUGAUUCUUUGUUACUGAACUUAAUUCAGGAAUUUAGCUGGCCUGUAAUGAAUUAAGCUUAGAAAUCCAGUUCUCUUGUUAAUCAUUGUUCUAUUCUUGUGUCAAGGAAAUCUGUUACCCUUGAAGGAUGCAGGGGUACACCAGAGAGUCUGGUCUAGUAUCUUUAAACCACCAACCUAUCCUUUAAGUGUAUCUGAUUUGUUAUCCAAAGAAGUCUGGAUUGCUUGCUCUCUCUUUGCAGGACUCAAACAAUGAGCAUUUCUCAGACAGGAGGGAAGAAGCAAGUUGUUACUAGCCCCUUAUUCCCAAUUUCUAUCCAAUCUUAUUUUCUUCCAUAUAUGAUUAAAUUUCCUAUUUUUUUGAUAUUCCUCCAACCUAUAAAAAGUGUUGUUAACCCCAUAAUUAGGUCAUAUCUUUGCUGGGGAAGUAAAUUAUUAAUAAAUUUAUCAUGCUCAAAA